AUGCCGCCUCAAAAGUUUCAUUGCAAUGUAUGUGCACAAGAUAUAACGAGGAUGAUUCACAUCAGGUGUGCGGAAUGUGCGGAUUUUGAUCUGUGCAUUCCCUGCUACACUUCUGGAGCUUCCCUCGGCGAGCACCAACCAAGUCAUCCAUAUCGUAUUAUUGAGACAAAUUCUUAUCCUAUUUUUACAGAAGACUGGGGUGCAGAUGAAGAACUUCUGCUCAUUGAUGCAUGUGAGACGUUGGGUUUGGGAAAUUGGUCAGAUAUCGCCGAAUAUGUAGGCAAUGGGCGCACCAAAGAAGAUUGUAAAGAUCAUUAUAUAAGCACAUAUAUCGAAACAAGUAAUUACCCUCUUUCUAAGAGCGAGUUUGAUGGACCCAUCGAUCGGAUAGCCUUCGCUGAGAAGAAGCGCGCACGCAUACAAAAAUUUGAACCCAUUCCAGUGAUUCCCCCAAAACCACUAGCUUCUACCCCACAAUGUCAUGAAAUACAGGGCUACAUGCCUGGCCGUUUGGAAUUUGAUCAAGAGUACAUGAACGAAGCCGAGGUUCCCGUCAAAGAUAUGAACUUUGAAGAAGACGCAUCGGAAUCGAAACAACAGGAAGAACAUAUCAAGCUUACUAUGUUGAAUAUAUAUAAUUCUCGUUUAACAAGUCGUGCAAUUCGGAAACAAGUCAUCUUCACCCAUAAUUUAUUAGACUACCGGAGAUUGCAAGCUAAUGAAAAGCGUCUCUCGAAAGAGGAACGUCUAUUACUUAAUAAAACAAAAUCUUUUGCUCGCCUGCUUUCAGCUGAAGACUACCGAAAAUUUUUACAUGGUCUUUUUGAACAAGUCGCUCUUGUAAAACGUAUACAAGAGCUUCAGGAAUGGAGACAGAUGGGACUCACUAAUCUUGAGCAAGGCGUACGUUAUCAACGCGAUAAAACACAAAAGAUGUUGAUUAGCAGAGCGACUAGCGGUUUAAUACGUCAAAAUAAGCCUCUAAACUCUGUUGUUCCACCAGUUCCUUUUCCAAUUCGAGAUAUUCAAAAGUUUGUCAAACAACCUAUUCCUGUCCCUUCAUUUCCUACUUCUGCUGACCGUCAUCUUCUCUCCGACGAGGAGCAUUCUUUAUGUCUUCAAUUACAGAUCUUUCCAAAACCAUUUUUGGCAUUAAAAUACGCCUUAAUCUCUGCUUCUCUUAUUUCUGAUAAACCUUUUUCCAAAGACGACGCUGUUCAACUAUUGAAGCACAUUGAACACACAAAGGUAGAACAAUUAUACGACUUCUGUAAAAGGUUAAAUUGGAUCACUACUCCAUGA